AUGGUGCCGUCACUGCAUCGCAUGCUCUCCCACUCACACCCUCGCCUCGUGCUCGCUGCCCUCACUGCCCUGCACCACCUCCUCACUCUCGGUCCGUACCCUCCCUCCCCGCCCCUGCCUUUUCCUCCUUCCACCACCCCCCUGCGUGACCCGUUGCCAGCAGCCAAUCGCAUCGCGCGCAUGGCGCUGCCUGCCCUCGCCCGCCUGCUGCACGCACACCCCCUCCCUCCGCCUCGCGUCGCCCCCUCCUCCUCGCCCACCGCUGCUGCCCCUGGCCUGGGUGAUGGCUCUCGGGGAGGGCCAGCGGGCAGGGCGACGCAGGCAGCGCCAGGGGCAAGAGAGCAGGGCGCAGCGGAACGCGCAGCAGAGAGGGAGGGGCACGCAAGCUUGUCCGCGCUGCACCGCUGCUCGUGUGCCACGUUGCUUGGCCCUGCGUGCGUGUGGCAGCGCUGUGCUCGCCUCUCCGCCUCCAUCCUCGUGCGCCUCGCCGCCUCCUCCUCGCUGCGCCUCUCUGCCAUCCUCGCCCUCCCCCUUGUGCGCCUCUGGCUCUCCACCGCCACUACCACUCCCUGUGCCACUGCCAGCCAUGGGAGUGCCAGCGAUGGGAGCGGGGAGAUGCCCGGAGCAGGAGGCGAUGAGGGAGUGAGGGAGGUGGGUGCAGUCAAGAGGAGGGAAGGGGGCGAGGGGCGAGGGGAUCAAGCGGUGGGGGCAAAUGCAGCGCACCGCACCCCCUGUGCCACCCCCCGCUCGCCUGUGUGCCCUCUGUCCUGGCAGCAGCGGGCUGCGGCGCUGCUGCUGUGUCUGGCAGCGCGCUCCCUCGACCUGCUGCUCCUCGCCUCCGCGCCGCCCUCCCUCGCACUGCUCGUCGCCGCCGUCAGGGGUGCAGGCGGCAGCGGUGAAUGUGGAAGGGGUGCCGGCUGUGGGGGUAGGGGGAAAGGGGGAGGAAGAGCUCGGGAUGGCGAGAGGGAAGCGGGGGCAGGAAAGCGGGGUGUGCAGACCGGGGGGUGUGCGGGAGGUGCAUGGGAUGGCGCAGAGAGGGGGCAUGGUGUGCAUGGAAGGGGCAGCAGUGAGUGCAUGUGUGAGUGCACACGUGCGUGCGUGCCUGCCUGUGCCACCCUGCGUCCGGCCCUAUGGUUCUCGCACGGUGCGGUGGCAGCGGUGAGGGUGUGGGCAGCACACGCGCUGGCAGGCAUGGCGGGGCAGCGGCGUGCGCGGAGGGGCAUGGUGCAGGCGGGGGGCGUGCAGGCGCUGCUGGCGCUGCUGGGGGAUGCCCUGGCGGGGGAGAGGAGUAUUGGGGGGAGGUGGGUGAGGGGGGGUGGGGAGAGGGAGUUGCUGGGAAUGGGGAAGGGAGGUGCCGGUGAGAGGGGGGAAGAAGGGGAUUGGGGGGCCGAGGAACAAGGCGGAGAGGGCGAGUGGUGUGGCGGGGGAGAGGGGGAGAAGGGGGCGAGGAGGAGGGGAAACAGCACAGCCACCUUGCCACAGCAGUUGUCACCCACCCGCACGCCCAGUCCCCAUCCAUCGCCUCCUCCCGCUCUCCAGUCUGCCCAUGGCGCCCCGCCCCUCAACCACCUCCCCCGCAUGCUGCUUGCCCAGCUCACAGCAGCCACAGCCGUGGGUCUGCUCGCCUGCCACACCGACCCACCUCUCCCUUUCCUGCCCGUCACCGCCACCCCUCUCCUCCUCACCAUGCUGCUCCGCGCCUCAGCUGCCCUCCCCUGCGUCCCCCCCUCUCACUCCACCCUCCCACCCCCUGCUCCCUUCCUUCCUCCUCCUCUGUCCCUCUUGAACCACGCUCCUGCGCCCUGCCCUGGCCCCUCGCCCCCCGCCACUCUGCUGAAUGCGCUCAACACGCGCAGGCAGCAGGUUGCCCGCGAGGUGCUGCUGCUGCUGGCGCGCUGUAGGCAGGGCGGGCGCGAGGAGGGGGGCGGUGGUGAGGGGGAGGGCGCACGGGCAGUGGUGGGGGAGGUGGUGCGGGCGCUGAGGGGCAUGGUGGGACGGGUGGGAGAGAUGAAGGGGCUGCAGCAAGAGCAGAGCACCAGAGGGGAGGGGGGGAUGAUGCAGCAGCAGCAGCAGCGGCUGCAGGAGCAAGAGCAGGAGUAUGGGUGGUGGAGGGAGCAGGUGGGGGUGGCACGGCAGCAGGCAGCACUGGUGGAGGUGGUAUGUGAGGUGGCGGGCAGUGCAGGCGGGCUGCACGCUGCCGUGGGUGGCGGGGCCGUGCACGCUGUGAGCGCCGUGAUGGCCGUGCUGGCCGUGCUGGCAGCGCGCCGGGGCGAGGGGCACGAGGGGUUGGAGAGCGAGCAGGGGAGGCGCGAGGGGGGCAGGGAGGAUGCAGAUGGGAGCAUGGCGGUGGGAGGGGGGGCAUGCAGAGGGGGGCGUGAAGGUUGCGAGGAUGAGAGGGGUGAGGAGGUGUGCUGGUGGGUUGAGGAGGGGAGAGUGGAGGCAGGAGAUGGGGAGAGCGGGGGAGGGGGAGAGUGGAGAGGAAUGAUGAUGGGAGUGAAGGAUGGGGUGGAGGAGCAGGAGGACGGCAACGAAGGAAGGGGGGAGGGUGAGAGUGCAGAGGGAGAGGAUGGGUGGAGUGAGGAGAGUGAGGAGAGCGAGGAGGAUGAGACGCCUCUGUGGCAUCUGUGGCAGAUGCAUAUCGACGGGCAUGUGCAUGGGCGUGUGGAUGGGCGUGUGGAUGGGCGUGUGGAUAUGGAUAGGCUUGCUUCGGAUGGUGGGGAGAGUGCGAGUGACAGUGACAUGGAUGAGGGGGAGGAGGGGGAGGAGGGGGAGGAGGAGGAUGAGGAGGGUGAGGAUGAGGAGGAGGACGAGGAGUAUGAGGAGUGGGGAGGAGAGGAAGCUGGGGUUGCGGAUGGGGAUGGCGAGGAGGGGGGGGGAGAGGAGAGGUGGGGAGUGCAGCGCGGAGAGGCUGGGCGUUCACAGGUGCAGCUGAGGCUGCUGCAGACUCUGUUCGGCCGGGGGUUGGGCGGCGGGACGAGUGAGAGUAGUAGUGGGGAUGAGAAUACUGAGGAGAGUGAGAAUGAGGAGAGUGAGAGUGGAGAAAGCGAGGGAGAGAGUGAUAGAGAGGAGAGUGAGGGGAUCGAUGAGGAGAAUGAGGAGUGUGAGGAGAUGGAGGGAGAUUGUGAGGACAAGAGUAAGGAUAGUGAGGGCAAGAGGGAGGGUGUAAAUGGCAAAGAGGGAGACAGCGAGAGUAGGGAGAGUGAGGGAGGGGGUGCAGACUUGAGUGAUGGGGAGGGCGGGGGCAUGGCAGGGGAGGGGAGUGGGGCGGGCGAGCACUGUGCGCGUGCUGCUGUUGAGGGCAGGCGGGGCGCUGAGGAGGAUGCGGUGGACAUGGAGAUGAGCGGGGUGGGGGGGCGGGGGAUUCAUGGGCGAUGGUGGGGAGGUGGAGUGGAAGACGAGAGAAAGGCUGUGGAAUGCCGCAUUGAUGGCGCUGAUGGCGCACUGGCAGCAAACUCGGCGGCGGUGGUGGCAGCAGCACAGAGGGUUGAGCAGGAGGGAGCAAGUGUGCGGUGUCCACACGGCAGCCGGCAUUGCCUGGCUUGGCUGCCUGCGUGGUGGGGGGAGAGGGAGGAGAGGGAGGGCAGGGAGGGCAGGGAGGGUAGGGAAGGAGGUUCAGAGAGAGAUGGUGGUGGGUGUGUGAUGUUGGAUGCAGAGACUGGCAGGGGCGAUGGUGGCAAGGGACAAGUUGCCGUGGAGGACGAGCGUGGUGUCAGGAGCUGUGGUGCGAGGUGCAGUGCGGUGGCUGUGUGGGACGCACGUGAGGGGAAGGGCGCAGAGAGCGGGCAGGUGAUGAGGCGGCAGGGUGGGGCAAAGCGGAAGGCGGAGGAAAAGGAGAGGGAGGGGGUGGAGCGUGAGGGAUGCAAGAGUGGUGCUGUGGCUGUGUGCUGGGAGAGGGGUGAUGAUACGUCAGUGGAAGGGGAAGAGAGGUGUGGGGGGAACAUACGGGGGAAUGGGCGAGGGCUGGAAGAUGCGUGUGGAGGGGAGGGAACGGCAGCAGUAGCUGCAUCAGCAUCACAGGCAGGGGCAGAGCAGGGUGGGUCGGAGAAGCAAGGGGCAUGGAGGGCAGAGAAAGUGGAGGCACUGAGGGAGGAGGCCCGGCAGGAGCAGCGCCUGCUGUGGCGGCGCUGCCUGCACCUGCUGGCUCUGCUCUCCUCUGAUUGGACGGCCUGCUCCCACAUGGUGCAUGCCGGCCUGCUGCCUGCCCUGCUGCAAGCCAUCGCCCGCCACCCCUGGCAGCGCCACCCCGAGGUGGGCGCUGAGGGCACUGGGGGCACUGUGCUGGGCAGAGGCGGGGAGGGAGCGGCGGCGGUGGAGGUGGUGAGCAACGUGGUGAGGGUGCCGUGGCUGAGGCACACGGCUGCAGAGGCAGGCGCGCUGGCAGUCAUGCAGAGGGCAGCACGGCUCAUGCAGGGGCGGGGUGGGGUGGUGCAUGGUGAGGCGAGGAGGCAUGCAGUGCAGGCAGCGAUGCGGCUGUGCGAUGUCAAGUAUGCCGUGCAUGGGUGA